AUGAUUAUAAUAGUAUUAUUAACAAGAACCGUGUUUGCCGCAGAGAACAUGGAAGUUAUAGAAGACUUUAAAAACGUAGAAGUUAUAGAAGACUUUGAAAACGUAGAAGUCGACCAUUUACACAGUGAUUUAAUGCAAUUUAGAGAAUAUAUGUCUGAUUUGGACAUUGAAUUAAUUAAGCAGAAUGAUCCAGAUUAUUACAAAAUAUUAGAAGCAAAUGAAGUUAAUAAUAUAUUUAGAAUUUCUGCAUUAUUUAAAUAUUCAAAUAAUAAAGGAAAGGAUAUGGAUUAUAUAACCCAAAAAAAAAUAGCAUAA